AUGGCACCGGCACUCGUCCCCCCGGGCCUCGUCUCCGAAAAGCGACACAAGGUCACCGUCGUCGGCUCCGGCAACUGGGGCUCCACCAUCUCCAAGAUCGUGGCUGAGAAUGCAAAGGAGAACCCCGACGUGUUCGAGGAGGAGGUGCAGAUGUGGGUGUACGAGGAGGACGUCACCAUCGCCAAGGACUCGCCGCACUACGACCCCUCCGUAGGCGACGCGCCGCAGAAGCUCACGGCCGUCAUCAACAAGUACCACGAGAACGUCAAGUACCUGCCCAACAUCAAGCUGCCCACCAACCUCGUCGCCAACCCCUCCCUCGUGGACGCCGUCAACAACUCCACCAUCCUCAUCUUCAACCUCCCGCAUCAGUUCAUCCACAGAGUCUCCAAGCAGCUGCAGGGCCACAUCCUGCCCUUUGCGCGCGGGAUAUCAUGCAUCAAGGGUGUCGAGGUCUCGGAUGAGGGCGUUGCCCUCUUCUCCGAAUGGAUCGGCGACGGCCUGGGCAUCUACUGCGGCGCCCUCAGCGGUGCCAACAUUGCAUCCGAGAUCGCCGCUGAGAAGUGGUGCGGCACCACCAUUGCCUACGAUCCUCCCCCGAUGGACAGCUCGAGAAACCCCACGCCGCGAACGCAAACCCCUAGCCGCGACUCGCCUCGCGGCUCAGGCGUCAACCUGGGCUUUACGCCACUGGCAGACUUGCAGCACAAGGACGCGCGCGGUCGACCGAGCAAGACGAAGCUUGUCUCGGUCCCUCCCGAGUAUCCCCCUCUCGACCACGAAACAUUCAAAACCCUGUUCCAGCGACCGUACUUCCGGGUUCGCAUGGUCUCUGAUGUGGCAGGCGUAUCUUUGGGCGGAGCUCUGAAGAACAUUGUGGCACUGGCAGCAGGCUUUGUCAUCGGCCAGGGGCUGGGAGACAACGCCAAGGCCGAGAUCAUUCGCGUUGGCCUCUGCGAGAUGCUCAAGUUCGGCAAGGAGUUCUUCAGCGAGACGGUGCACCCCGACACCUUCACGGUCGAGAGCGCCGGCGUGGCGGAUCUGAUCACCAGCUGCAGCAGCGGCAGAAACUUCCGCUGCGCCAAGAUGGCCGUCGAGCAGGGCGUCAGCGUCGCGGAGAUCGAAGCUAAGGAGCUCAACGGCCAGAAGCUGCAGGGCACGUCCACCGCCCAGGAGGUCUACAGCUUCCUGAAGAAGCGCGGCUUGGAGAAGGAGUACCCCCUGUUCACCGCCGUCAGGGACAUCAUCGAGGGCAAGUAUCCUACUAGUGACCUCCUGUCCUUGAUUCAGGAUGACUGA